CGCCGACGGGACGCCGACCAGACGACUGCGACAUCUACGGACAUGGCCGAGGCGGUGACGAGUUGCUGAACUACGACCACGAAGGACGACGGAGAUCGAGCCGAAUUCGCGGAUACACCGGCUCGACCAAGACAUUCGACUGUAUCGUUAAGCGAAUACUAAUCAAUAAUGAGCCUAAAGAAGAAACCCAAAGAAGACGACCACGAAGCACUGGCCGGAGAAGAAGAAGCUGUCACAGAUGGUCAAAACUAUGUACUCGUUCCUCCGGAUGGUGGAUGGGGCUGGUUGGUGCUUCUCGGCAGCACAUUGGUCAACAUGUUGAUUCCAGGCACGCUUAAAUCAUUUGGGGUGCUGUUCGUGGAGUUCACAGAAGCGUUUCAUGCGUCAGAGACCGCAGCCUCUUGGAUUCCCGCAAUUUGCUAUUUUCUCUAUUGUUCUUUAGGUCCUGUUUCGAGUUACCUGUCAUCAAUAUACUCAUAUCGUACAGUAACGCUAAUUGGAGGCACUUUAGCCUCUCUGGGAUUGAUGCUCUGUUAUUUCGCCGAUUCAAUCACAUUUCUGUACUUCAGUUACGGGAUGAUGUUCGGCUGCGGCGCAGGUCUGGCGUUCCCACCGGGCAUAUUCAUCGUGACAUCGUACUUCGUCAAGUACCGCGGGUUCGCCAACGGAGUGGCCAUAUCGGGCAGCUGCCUGGGUUCCAUGUUCCUGCCGCCGUUCCUGGGCUACCUCAUCGAACACUACGGUUACAAGGAGGUGGUGCUGAUACUCGGAGCCCUUACGCUCAACGUGUGGGUGGGCGCGAUGCUGUACCAUCCGGUCGAGCAGCACAUGGUCAAGCAGUACGUGGAAGAUUGCGAGUGCGCGGACGACGGGCUGGACAGCGGUGGCGAAACGGAUGCGGUGGUGACGUCUUCGGUUUCUCUGGCCGUGGCCGCGGCGAACUCGGUGGUCGGCGGCAAGAGCUUGACGGAAUUGCACCGGUGUGGCGGCGACGACGACGACGAGGACGGACGGCACCAGGAGACGGUGUCGCUGCUGGCGCAGAACCUCAACGGUUACGUGAUCGUCAACGAGCUGAACGCGUCCAGCGUCAAGGUGCCGGCGGACGACCGGUACCUGCUGGCCGGCGGCGGCGUGGCGAUCAUCGCGGCGGUCAACAGCAAGUCGGUGGCGCGGCCGCUGGGCGGCGGUUCCUGUUCGCCGAAGUCGCUGCAGGCGUUCAGCAGCUGCGGCCUGUUGCGGACCACCAGCGGCGGCGCGGCCGACCACAUGCAGCUGCAGCACCACAACCUGCACUACCAGCACCAGCACUGCAGUAACCUUCAGGCACCGGCGUUCCGGGGCGCGGCCGGGUCUUCGUCGCUGUCGUCUCUGCGGUACGUCAGCACGCCGUUCCACGGCAGCACGUUGGUCAGCCUGUACGAGGACUCGCAGCCCAAGAAGAAGCAGCAGCAGGAGCAGCGCCGGCGGAGGCGGGACAAGCGGGACAAACGGCGGUCCGGUAAGCAGCACGAGCAAUCGGAAGCUGACGACGGCGACGGGACCGACGAGCAACCGACGUCGUCCCGCCGCAAGACUGUGGCCGGCGCGCUCCAAUUGCUGUCCGACCCGCUGUUCAUUGUCAUACUCGUGUCCAACGCUACCACGGCCAUCGGGUACACGAACUCGGCCAUCCUGCUGCCGUCGUACGCCAUCAGCAUCGGCCACGACAAGAGCAGCUCGCAGUACCUGCUGUCCGUGGUGGCCGUGCUUGACCUCGUCGGCCGGGUAGGCGGCAGCACGCUGUCCGACUGGAUCCGGCUGGACAAGCGGUACUACUACCUGGGCGGGCUCGUCCUGUCCGGCGUCGCGCUGUUCGUGCUCCCAUUCGCCGACGACUACCCGACCAUGUGUUGCGCGUGCGCUGCGUUCGGGCUCGGUUCCGGCGUCGUGGUCGGCAUCACGGCCGUCAUUAUGGUCGACAUGCUGGGCGAGGAGCGGCUGUCUUCGUCGUACGGCAUAUCGCUGUUCUGCAACGGGCUGGUGCAGCUCAUCGGGCCGCCUGUGGCCGGAUACAUCUUCGAGACGAUCGGCUCGUACAAACCCGUUUUCCACGGCAUGGGUGUCAUACUGCUGUUCGGUGCCUCCACGUGGCUGUUGACGCCGUUCUUCAAGAAGAACCAUCACCGCCACUGACUGCUGCGGUCGCCACUUAUUCUCUAGAAUAAUACAACUAUAUACUUAGGUACACACACUUACCCACAAACACCCACACACACCCACACACACACACACACACAAAUACACUGACAUACCAUAUAUAUUAUACAUAAUAGAUUCUAAUUUUACUUAAGUAUGACAUUAUACAACAAUUACAUAUAUUUUGGCAUAUCCGACGCGUAGGUAUUUAUUAAACGGUUAGUGUAUUAUAUAGGUUAUUAUACGCCGGCGUAGGUGUUGCAAGUGUUAUAUUAUAAUAUAUAGUUGCACUGGCAACACCAAACCGUUUUUGGGUGUUGCAAAAGUAACACCAAAAGUAUUAAAGUUUGUAAGGGUCCUACGUCGUUACUCGUUUAAUGUAUUUAUGAAAAAUAAGUUAAUUAACACUGAACCCGAUUAUCUAAAUCUAAUUUUCCGUAUUAAGAUGAUAAAAUGGUUAUCGUCAUGGUAGUUACCGCAUGUCAAUUAAAACCAAAAUUAUAGGUUUGGUUUGGCUUUUCGUUCAUCGAUAUUUCAAUGAAAACAUUUUUAAAAAUGUGGCGAUGACUCUUUAAGUGUUGGGAAAGUGUCUUUGUUACGGUUAUUUAUGUAUCAGAGAAAGAAUUUCGGGCCGUCGAAAGACAGGCGAGGGGGAUUGAAUAUUAUAACAAAAGAAAGUUUGCAACUCCAAAAAUGUGAAUUUAACAUUAUGCCACUGAUUAUACCGGUACCCUAAAUAUAUAUAUUAUAAUGGUAUUACAAUAAUUUAUUAAUUACUUCGUUUAAUUGUAUAACAUUAUAAGUAGGUAAGUCGCAUGGCACCGAGACCGGUCCGUUACACAGAGGGGAAUUUCCGUUUAGGCUCCCCCCCCCUACCCUGCACGAAUUGGGGUAUUAAAGGAUUUAAGGAUUUCCAGUGAACCCGCAGAGACAACGUGACGGAGUUCGGUCGAUUGCGGCGCGCAACUAUACGCGAAUGGACUGAUUUUCAUUUAAACUUGUGUAGCGGCGGUCGUAAGUAUAUCGUUUCGUCACGAUAUCGACGAUCGCGCGAUCGAUAUUAGUAUAAGUAUGUAUAAUUACACAGUUUUGCGAAAUUUACAUAUCCGAAGCGAACCAACCAUCAUCAUGUGUCGGUGGUAAUUUUGGCCCGAAAGAGCCCCAUCGACACAAGGCUCCUAACUCGUGGACAUCCGUUUAUUGUUUAUUACUUUUGAAUUUUUUUUUACCAACGUCUGCACGCGUUUCGUCGACCGUCGGAUCAUCAUCAUCGCGGCGUGUGGAUAUUGUCUCGCAAAUCGCGUUUAUUAUCAUAUUCGCCGACCAAAAUUUAGAACAUUCCGCAUCGGCGAGCGCAUCAUAGUUUCGCAGCAUUAUAUUUAUUUCCGCUGUGACGUAUAUUUUAAGCGCUCGCCGUAGGUACGCCACCGCAGGAAUUCGUACGAAAAAAAUGUUCGUUUACCUGCAAUAUCAACAGUGGCGUGCUGAACAAUUUUCAAAGUCGAGGCAAAAGACCAAGAAUCCCCGGCUACCCAAAACGUUCAGGAUCUUCGUGUCCCGCGUAAAUAAUUUUUUUUAUACUGACAAAAAAAACGACAUCGUAUUGUAUAUUAUAUUUUUGUAUUUUUAACGUUUAUCACACACCCACUCCCGCCCAACUACCCGUUUUAGACUUGAAACAAUCGCCUCGAUCGAGGGGAAACCCUCUGAGAAACACGCCCGACUUCCACCGCCACUUCCUA